CAUUUACAACGAUUGUUGUGACACAAGUGAAACCUCUAAAGCUGAUACGGAAAAAACAAGUUUAAUUUGUUCUUCGUGAUAGUUACUUGUGGUGCUUAUACGCGUCAUAAAAAAAUUAAAUAACGUGUUUUAUUUUGCCAUGAAUUCGAUGCUUUUUAACUUUAAGUAAGUGCUUGAAAUAGAUUUUUCAAUGGAUCAGAUUAAGGAGGGCGAAGAUCCCAAUUGUUGGACUCCAGAUUCCUUGAGGAAUUGCCAAUCUCUAACCUUAGCGUCAGACGUGGCUCUAUUAAAAUGCAUGCAGAACCUUUCGUUGAGGAUGGUCUCCAGUGCCAACGGCUUGCUGAAAGAUUUGGAUGCACUGAACGAGGACACAACAUCUGCAUGUGUUGAAGUUGAGUAUUGCAUUCAGAAUCUUAACUUGAUAUCCACAAAACAGUUCAUGGAAAAACGAGUGUAUGAUGAAGAAGUCACAGAGAAGAGAGAAGAAUCCACCACUCAAAUCCAGCCUGUUAUUACUUCCAUAGACUUUGUACCCAAAAUAAAAGAAGCCAUUAGAGAAGGCUUGCCUGCUGUAAAAGCGCAAAUAGCUAAUUUUGAAGAGCGAAUCAAUGGAAACUCUUCUCAGUCACUGAACAGAAAUCCCAACAGUCAUUACUCCAGAUCAUUGCCUUACUUAUUAGGGACAGAAGAGUUCAUUGAUAGCCCUACUGUUGGAGUUGCAGAAGGACAAAAGUUCAAGUCUGGAUCAUCUUCAAACCUUCAGCUACCUAUCCAGACAUCCAACAGCACUCUGUCAUCUGUUCAGUCAUCCCCCUCUUUGAAGUCAAAUUUGCAGGUGCCUGUACCUGUUGAAAAUCGAGUGCAUUCAGAUUCAGAUGUCUCUUCUAUGUCUGAAGCGGGCGGCGGAAUUUGUAAUGAAAACAAAGAGAUUGAUGAAACGAUGAAAAGGCCGACUCUCGGUAAUCUUAAAGAAGAACUGAGUGCUCGACUGAAAAAUGCAGGAGAUUCAAAAUUGAAAACGACUUCUGAAGCGUACGUAACGCCUAAUGCAAAAGUACCUGUCAAAAGUGAAUCUCAGCGCCAGGAACUUGAAAAUUCCAUUCCUUCUCACAUCGUAGCUGCCGUACAACCAAAGUCUGAUACCGAACCUUCAAGAGAGAUUAUUAAGCCACCUAAAAAGAGAAACUUGUUUGAUGAUAGCAGUGAAUCGGAAGGUGAACUUUUCAAAACGAAUUUACCCAAAGUACCUGCUGUUCCUCCUAAUCUAUUCAGUCAACCAGAAUCGAAACUUCCACCAUCUAUUCCUCAACUUGUUGUGGCCAAAAAUAAUAACACUCCAACGUUUGCCAAGACCAAGAGUAGUGCUUUAUUCGGAUCGAGCGACAGCGAGGACGACCUUUUCAGUGGAGCUAUUACGGCAAACGAAACAACUUCAAAACCAGUUGCUAAACCAAUCGUAAAGGUAGCAGCAAAUUAUUCAGAUGACGAGGACAACAUAUUUUCAUCUCAGAUUGCCAAGCCGAAGAAUUCCCAAUUACCACCCACCAUCACAGUGGCAGCGCCUCCAAUUAAAUCGGGGUCUUUAUUCGACGACGAAGACGUGCCGGAUUUUGUUUCCAAGAAAUCUAUCUUGCCAGUUAAGGUUGCAGUACCCAAACCACAAGACCAACAGCCAGUUCUUCAAACCAAACAACCCCAAAGAUCCGAACAGCCACAGCAAAGGAAUCUUUUUGCCGACAGCGAAGAUAGCGAUGAAGAUCUCUUUCGUAAUGUUGUUGUCACUAAGAAUAAGGCUCCGACGUUGGUCGUACCUCCCAAGACUUUAUCGUCCUCUCCACUACCAGAUAAAUUAGUUACACAGUCAAGUCGGCAUCAGUCCACUCCGAUUCAAAACGGCGAAGGAAAGGAAGAACAAGAAGAACAAAAGCGGCAGGCUUCAGCUAAAGAUAAUGAUAACAAGCUAAUUCAUAUUGAGCAACAUCCAAAAUUAAAGGCUAAACCAUCGCUUUUAUUCGACGAUGACUCGGAUGAUGAAGAUUUAUUUGCUGGCGUUUCAGUUUCAGCGAAACCCCCGCCUCUUGCAACAAAAGUACCUGCCUUGCAAGAUGUUCAAAAAGAUUCCAAAGGUAAAGAUUUAUUUACUGACGUCCCACCAUCCAAAAUCUCCGUGGAUGUUGCCGAGGCAAUUGUCCGUAGCCCUGAUGAUUUUUUUAGUGGAGUUCUGCCAACAAAACCCACAUCUUUGUCCGGAAAUCCUUUUAUUGCUCGGAAACCAGAAAGCUCAGCAGACGGAUCGGCGUGUGGUGGGAUGGUCGCUCAGGUGACGGAGAAACCGACGUCGCCAAUGAAGGUAGCAGCUGAUCCCGCUAUAAUUAAAAUGCCUAGCGAUAAACAUGUCUCUGCAUCAACAUCAUUACCUGCUUCUUCGGAACUACCCAUGUCUUUACCUGUCAAUGUCCCCGACAAUCUCUUUUGUAGCCAACCCCCCGCUCUCCAAUCAUCAAUCCGUCAACAGAUUCCCGUCUUGAAGGCAUUUGAAGAAUCGGACGAUGAAGACCUGUUUGGAAUUCAAGCUGAAAAACGACCGCCACAACCUGUGCCUGUGAAAAUCUCACCCAAAACAGAGGAAAUUCAACAACAUGCGAUCAAAGGCGAAGAUCUCUUUGUUAGUAUUGUAGAACAAAAACAACCCCUACCUCAACCUCCCGUAACGUCUCAAAAAGCCCCUGAGAAAAGUGAGACCUCAAGCAACGAGCGUGAUAGUAGACAAUCUCCGGAGACGGAAGUGAAACCUCAAGCCUCAGCCGAAACCGUAGAUAAGAUAGCAGGUCGGAUAGCCUCGCUGAAGUUGUCUCUCGCCAAACAACCGAAUUCGUUACCGUUUUCGAAUGCAGCAGGAUCGACGGCCACUACGCCGAAUGAUGAAGACAUCACCCCAAUUUCGAAUUCUGUUGUCCGCAAGCCGUUCGGUGGUGUCCCGCUGUUUGGUCCUCGCAUUCCCAGUCCCGUGAUAAGCAAUCCGCCUAGCCCGACGAAAGCGGAACAGAAAAUCAUGCCAGGCGAGUCGCAAGAUAAAGAUAACGAGGAAGUUGCACAAAACAGUGAUCUGCUCGAUUGUGUUAGUAAACAACGGCCGAAAGCUCCAAGGAGCCGAAAGCCACCAACUCGUAAUUUCCGACGUUCCCAAAUCCAGGACGACGACGACAAUUCAAUGGUGACUAAGGCCGAAGAGACUAUUCAACUUCCCAAGGAAACCACAACAGUCGUUGUCAGUCCGGUUGUUACUUCACCGUUACCGUCGCCAUUGAAACUGGAUAAAAAGGAGGCUAGCCUUGUGGUUGAAAGCGAAACAAAACCUGCGAAUCGAUCGCUUUUUGACGAUUCUGAUAGCUCCGACGGCGGAGAGCUUUUCAAAACUAGCGCAUCCGGCACGUUGUCCAAAGCUGAGGCGCCUUUGCGGAAAGGAGGUUUAAUAUCUAACGCCAAAAUCAAUUCCACCUUGAUGGGAUCCGGUACGGAUGACAGCGUUUUAAGCAGCCAGUCUAGUAUUCCGACACCGAAAAAGGUCACUACGCCUUCGUUCCUGCUUGCCGAUUCUGAUGAUGAUGAUGAUCUGUUCGCCAGCACACCGAAGCUGCAUAAUCGCCCGAAGCCAGAUCCUACUUUAGUUGUAAGCGGUAAUAAAGCUGCUGCUGCAGCAGCAUCUGAUCCCCUUCUACAUUUCCAACAAUGAGUAACGAUAUCCUCCCUUCGAGCGAGUCUAGUCUCGAAACUAAGUCGGCCUAGGUGCCUUUAUUUUCAUCAUCAUGUUGCCCAAUAUCGUAUUAAGAAAGAAACUUUUUAAACUCUUAACAUAUUCUGUGAUUAUUCUUUCCUCGUAAUUGGCAUGGGCAUAAUUUCUAAAUAGAAAGCAUUCCAUUCGAGGCCUUAUUAUACUGAUCGUGGCCUAUAAAACCCAACAAAUUUUUCUUCUACAAAGUUAUAAUUUACUGUAAGUAUCCCUUUCCAGCAUAUGUGUAUCAUUAUUGGUAAUAUUUUCUCGUCUGCUUCAUAACAUCAAUCAUCUUUGAACAACGACACAAGUUUACAUCUAGAAUAUCUUUAAUCUUUCGUGAAGUUCUUUAGUGGAUAAUGUUCUGCAUAUUUCUGUACAUGCUCUUCCAUCUGUUUCAUUUGUUCCCUAUAAGAAGAGAGAUAACACAAAAUAUAUUAAUACUUUUGAGUCA